CCCCCUGCCCCGCCUCUCUGGACACCCGGCUUCGGCAGCAAGCUGCUCCGGGCCUCAGGUCCGCGCAGGCAGCGCCCAGGCAUCGCCAGGGGAAGGAUAACGACCCCGGGUUGCUGUCCACCGAAGCAGCGCUGGAGCCUCAGCCUGCGGCGCACGGCCGGGGAGGCGGGGUGCCCAGAGCCCCCGAGGUCUUGGCGAGAUCUGCCUUCUGGAGACUCCACCCAUCCUAAGGGAAGAGCCCAGAAAGAGGAUAUGGCUAUUGGACAGAGGGAAGCAAGGCCUCGGGUGUCACUGACGUUUGAGGAUGUGGCUGUGCUCUUUACGCGGGAUGAGUGGAGAAAGCUGGGUCCUUCUCAGAGAAACUUGUACCAGGACGUGAUGCUGGAGAACUAUAGUAACCUGGUCUCAUUGGGACUCCUGUUUUCCAAACCAAAAGUGAUCUCCCUAUUGCAACAAGGAGAAGAUCCCUGGAAGGUAGAGAAAGAAAGUCCUGGAGGCCCCUCUCUAGGAUAUAAGAGCAGUCCUAAAACUACAAAGUCAACUCAAACUCAAGAUUCAUUAUUUCAGGAGCUAAUAAGGAAAAGACUCAAAAGGGAUGAACCCUGGAAUUUCAUAUCAGAAAAAUCCUGUGUAUAUGAAGACAGAUUAAAGAAACAAAAGGACAAAAAUGAAAGUUUACAAAUAAUUUCAAUCACCCAUACAAAACUCCUCACUGUAGAAAGAAGCCAUAAAAAUACUGACUUUGGCCAAAAUUUCAGCCUGAGAUCAGUCUUUGUGAAGCAACAGAGGGUCGCUAGAGAAAAAACACCCUCAAAAUAUGAAAUACAAAGAAAUAGCUUCAAGCAGAAUUCAAAUUUACUUAACCAACCAAAAAUCAAGAUAGCAGAGAAACGCUAUAAAUGUAAUAUAUGUGAAAAAGCCUUCAUUCACAAUUCAUCCCUUCGUAAACAUCAGAAAAACCACACUGGAGAGAAAUUAUUUAAAUGUAAAGAAUGUUUGAAAGCCUUUAGCCAAAGUUCAGCUCUCAUUCAACAUCAAAGAACUCAUACUGGAGAGAAACCCUUUAUCUGUAAAGAAUGUGGGAAAGCUUUCAGCCAUAGUGCGUCCCUUUGUAAACACCUUAGAAUCCAUACUGUGGAGAAAUCCUAUAGAUGUAAAGAAUGUGGUAAAUCCUUCAGCAGGAGAUCUGGCCUUUUUAUACAUCAAAAAAUCCACGCUCGAGAAAAUCCCCAUAAAUAUAAUCCGGGUAGGAAGGCAUCCGGCCUUCCUGGAUGUCAGAGAAUUCACCUCAGAAAGAAGUCCUAUUUAUGCAAUGAAUGUGGCAACACCUUCAAGUCUAGUUCAUCCCUUCGUUAUCAUCAGAGGAUUCACACAGGAGAGAAACCUUUUAAGUGUAAUGAAUGCGGGAGAGCCUUCAGUCAGAGCGCAUCUCUUAUUCAGCAUGAAAGAAUUCACACUGGAGAAAAGCCCUAUCGAUGUAACGAAUGUGGAAAAGGUUUUACUUCGAUUUCCCGACUGAACAGACACCGAAUUAUUCAUACUGGUGAGAAACUGUACAAUUGUAAUGAAUGUGGUAAAGCCUUAAGUUCCCACUCGACGCUGAUCAUCCAUGAAAGAAUUCACACUGGAGAGAAACCGUGUAAAUGUAAAGUGUGUGGGAAAGCCUUCAGGCAGAGUUCAGCCCUCAUUCAACAUCAGAGAAUGCACACUGGAGAAAGACCCUAUAAAUGCAACGAGUGUGGGAAAACAUUCAGGUGUAACUCAUCCCUUAGUAACCACCAGAGAAUUCACACAGGAGAGAAACCAUAUCGAUGUCUGGAAUGUGGGAUAUCUUUUGGCCAAAGUGCAGCUCUUAUUCAACAUCAGAGGAUUCAUACAGGAGAAAAACCCUUUGAGUGUAACACAUGUGGGAAAACUUUCAGACAGAGCUCAUCACUUAUUGCCCAUCAAAGAAUUCAUACUGGAGAGAAACCCUAUGAAUGUAAUACAUGUGGGAAACUUUUCAGCCAGAGGUCAUCCCUUACUAAUCAUUACAAAAUCCACAUUGAAGAAGAUUCCUUGAAAGUAGAUUUGCAUGUGUGCAAGCCUUAAACCAAAGCUCAUCACAAGAUACAUAUUUGAGACUGAUUUAAUAAAUGUAAUGAACGUGAGAAAACAUAACUAUUUUAAUUUUGUUUUCAUCAGAUAUUAAAUUCUAAGGAUAAAAAGCUUUGAGUAUGUAAUGAGUAUAUGGAAAACUUUUGUACCUUUCUGUCACUUUUGAAAAUAUCCCAAGACAAGUAAAUCACAGUUGCAAAUACUGAUUUUAACCACUUGUAAGAUAAAAGAUGGGGAUUUUUCUAUCUCUUUAUAGAGCAUUAUACACUAUAUGUGAUAGGUAAACAUGAGAAAAAUCUGGGGGUAGGAAUUCUGGGUUUCUCAAAGACAUCCACUGUAUGAGCCAGUAGCAAAAGAUAAUUGAUCUUAAAAUAUAUGCACAUGUAGACCAAAUAAUAGAUGAAAAACAAACUGCAAACUACCUCAGUCUCUGGAAUUUGCCUUUUGCAAAACUGUUGUCAAACGUUCUGCAUGGUUUUCAUUAAAAAAGAGAAAGGAAAAAAAAAACCCUGUUCUCUUACUCCUUUAUUCUUCUAGUUAUUUCCAAACUACAUCUAAGAGUCUCCCAAAAUUUUUAAAACAAUUUCUUUUAAAAAAUUUUUUUUAACAUUUAUUUAUUUUGGAGAGACAUACAGGUCAUGAGCGGGAGAUGGGCAGAGAGAGAGGAAGACAGAAUCUGAAGCAGGCUCCAGGCUCUGAGCUGUCAGCACAGAGCCCAACGCGGGGCUCAAACCCACAAAUUGUGAGACUGAGCCAACCAGGUGCCCCUAAAACAAUUUCUAAUUUUGCUCUCAGAAUUACUUCUUAGUCGCCUUGAAGUCAUUUAUUAUCUAACUGUACUUGCUGUGUUCUGAACAGCAUGUUAAUUUAAGUAGAAAAAUGUAGUUUUUUAACUUCCAGGUUAAUAGCUUCAGAGUUAAAGCUAUUAAUAUAUUUUUUUUAGUUGGCUGCAAAAGAAAUCCUAAGAAGUAAUUUAAAGAACAUGUCACUGUGGCAACAUCUUGAAAAUGAAUCAAUCUCAUGAAAUAAAAGCAUGUUUUCCCUACUUGAUCUUUUCAAAUUAAAAAAAAAAGAAGACUGCAAAGGCAAAUAAAGGAAAUAAUUCUAAGCCUUAGAAAUGGUUUGCUUAAUCCCAGGUUUGAGCCAAGCACUAUCCCGGGCGCUGGUAAUUAUACAGAAAAGAGAAACAGUCCCUAUCUUCAAGAAGUCAUGAAUUGAGAGGAUGGGGUUGAAGGGAAUAGUGAAUAAAUAAUCAAAAUAUCAUAACGUAUUGAAGUAUUUUUCACAGAGAAAUAGAGGUUACAAUGAUACUGUGUUACAGAACAUCUUAUAGAGAUUUAAACAGGAUUCAGAAAGAAGGAACAGAGCCUAACCAAGGGACCUUGACCAUAUACAGUGACCUAUAUGACAGUGAUGCCUGAGCCCAGUUUUGAAAGAAUAGUAAUUCUCCAGAGAGUGAAAUAAGUACUCCCUUAAAAAAAAAAUUAUUUGAGAGAGCACAUGCUUGAGAGCAGGGCAGGGACAGAGAGAGAGGGAGAGAGAGAAUCCCAAGCAGGCUCUGCGCUGUCAGUGCAGAGCUGAUAUGGGGCUUGAUCUCACACACGGUGAGAUUAUGACCUGAGCCGAAAUCAAGAGUCAGGUGCUUAACUUCUAAGCUUCAGUCUGUUCAGUUAUCUUUGACCUCCUAAACUCAUUCUCCACACAUUAUCGUCAGAGCAAUUUCCCUUACAUAUAAUUUUUAAUUGGUUCUAUAAUUUCAGAAUCAAAUUCAAAUUCCUUUAGAAUAGCAAUUAAGACCUUUGGUCUUAAUUGGCCUCUGCCUUCUUCUCAAGCUUCAACCUCUGUCAUUCUCAUUAUUUAAUAGAUGUUCUACAAAUGUGCCAUGCUAUCACCCACCUGUACAUUUGCAUAUGUGGCUCCCUCUCUUUGAAGUACUGAUCUCACUCAGGGCGCCUUUAUGUUUGCCGGUGGGAGAUGAUAAAUCUUUAAAUGGAAAGGUCAGGAACCAGCAUCACUGGUAGAAGUAACAUCUGAUCCCUGUACUCAAAAAUCUGUCAGGAAGUAUCUGUGUGUCUGGAUAUUAUUCAGGUUCAGUAAUGAAUGAAAAAAUCUGAAAACUGACAGAACGAAAGGAUUUUAACUAAAGAAUUCCUGGCCUGGAAGGGCUCUUCCUUUGCUUCCGGAAAUGUGAUAUCUGUCCUUGUAAGGAGCCUCAUUUACCAGGCUACUGACCAGGAUUCUGUGGGCAAAGUCAGAGCUCCAGGUACACAGAGUCACAGGCCUGUUAUCCAUGGAGCUGCCCUGUGGGCCAGGACAGGAACUUAGGGCUAGGAAAGGUCCUAAGCCUGGGGUGAGAAAUACAGAAAAAAAGAAAAUGGAUGUUAGAUUGUUGUGAUCAAAAGGCUGCUCUUGUCCCUCAGUUUCUUUGUCUUCCUUUGUUGCCUUAAAAUUUUUAAUAUUUCAUUAGCAUAAUACCCAUCCAUGUUGUCACAAAUGGCAGCAGUUAUCAUCCUCUUUAUGAAUGAGUAUAAUCCAUUGUGUAUAUAUACCACAUCUUUCUUAUCUAUUCAUCUAUCAAUGGUGGACACUUAGGUGGUUUCCAUAUCUUGGCUAUUGUAAAUAAUGCUGCAAUAAACAUAGGGGUGCAGGGGCACCCAGGUGGCUCAGUCAGUUAAACUCAUUCAGCUCAGGUCAUGAUCUCGUGGUUUGUGGUCCUGAGCCCCACAUCUCGCUCUAAGCUGACAGCUCGGAGCCUGCUUGGGAUUCUCUCUCUAUCCCUACCCCCACUUGUGCUUUCUCUCGCUCUCUCGCAGAAUAAACUUAAAAAAAAAAAAAACCAUAGGGGUGCAUAUAUCUUUCAAAUUAGUGUUUUUGUGUUCUUAGGGUCAAUAUGCAGUAGUGGAAAUAUUGGACCAUAUAGUAUUUCUAACUUUUGAGGAAAAUCCAUAUUGUUUUCCACAGUGGCUAUGCCAACAUUCCCACCAACAGUGUAUAAGGGUUCCUUAAGUCAGACUGAGAAAUACAAAUACCAUAUGAUUUCAUUUAUAUGUGGAAUCUAAAGAAACAAAACCAAAAACAAAUGAAUAAGCACACAAAAAGCAGAAUCAUACCUAUAAAUAUAGAGGACAAACUAUGGGGGGGGGGCACAGGUAAAAUGAGUGAGGGAGAGAGGGAGGUACAGGCUUCCAUUUAUGGAAUGAAUAAGUCACAAGAAUAAAAGGUACAGCAUAGGGGGCACGUGGGUGGCUCAGUCAGUUGAGCAUCCAACUUCGGCUCAGGUCAUGAUCUCAAAGUUCAUGGGUUCAAGCCCCACGUCCAGCUCUGUGCUGACAGCUCAGAGCCUGGAGCCUGCUUUAGAUUCUAUCUGUCUCUCUCUGCCCCUCCCCUGCUCAUGCACUCUCUCUCUCUCGCAAAUAAACAUUAAAAAUUUUAAAGUACAGCAUAUGGAAUAUACUCAAUGAUAAGGCAAUAGCAUGGUAUUGUGACAGAUGGUAGCUACACGUGUGGUGAACAUAGCAUAAUGUAUAAACUUAAUCACUAUGUUGUACACCUGAGACUAAUGUAACAUUUGUCAACUAUACACAAGUUAAAAAGAAAGAUUCUUAAUAAUUCAGUUGAGUCACCUAAUCAAAAAAAAUUAAAAGAUAUUUUAACAUUAGGUAAUCCAUUAAUGUCUUACCUGUGAAUUUGUUAAAAUAUGGGAGAUCACGGUAUUGAAAAUAAUAAUCUAAUGUUUUAAGAACUAAGCUAGUAAUAUGUCAUUUUAAGGUAAUAAAGAAUCUUGAGCUUCCUCUUCUGUCUGUAAUGAAGUCACAAGAUCCAUACUUCCUUCCAGCAUCAAAUGAGUAAAAAGCCCGAUGAACUACAAUGAAGCAUAACGACAGGAGUGCAGGGCGCUGUCUGGAGGCAGGAACCAUCCUGGUUGUCCCAGCUCAGAACUUCUGGAACUUCCAGGAUGCAGUGAGGAAGGGACCCAGGCAGAAAGCAGGGGUCCCCCUGAGUUAAGGAAAUAGGGAUGACAAUUUGAGAAGGGAAAGGCAGCCUCAGGUCCAAGUAUUAAGGAGGUAUGUGUGUACUUGCUGCAACAAGGGGGCAGUUUUUAAAAAAGCUCAGAAGAGUCUGAUGAGAGUGUGUUAAAGGAAAGAAUCUGUUAGCGUGACUGGCCCAGUCUUUAAAUAGUCCCUUUACCUAAAUUUUUAAAGAAGUUUCUGAUCUUUUAAAAAAAUGUCUAAUUGGCAUUGUUAUGAAAUUAUGUGGUUUUUCUGAUACCAGUUCUUUGAAAUGUUCGAGACUACUUUAUAGCCUAGCAUGAGGUAAUUUUUUAAAAUAAAAGUGUUAAAAAUGUGUUUUCAUUAAUUUUGGAAUUUCUAUAUGUCUCUACAUUAAAUCAAACAUUAAUUUUGCUGUUCAGAAAUUCUAUAUACUUGGUGACUUUUUGGGGGGGAAUUGGGGAUCAGCUUUUCUAUCAGUUACUGAUAAUAAUAAGUUAAAAAUAUCUCUGUAAUGGAUUUGUCAAUUCUCUUGUCAAUUUUUGCUUUAUAUAUUUUGAAGCUACAUCGUUAAAUAAAUGAGUUUAUUAAUA